CAAGCGUCCGUCUGUGACUCUUCGCAGGACCCGUCCGCUAUACCCAUAAUUCACCGCGCUGAGACAAAAUGAAGGAAUACAGCCACUGCGGGAGAACAAUGUUUGGGCUCUAAAGAUUGGAACGGACGACCAAAGGUGAAAUAAACCAACCGAAAGAGCUAUUGGUGGUCAUGUACUGGAUGGUUCCGGUUGGCUCCCAUUAGUUGAACCUGCCCACCACCACCACCAAGUUCAUCAUGAGCAUCAUUCAAGACAAACUAGGUAAUGACUUCCUGCGCUCCAAUGGGAGCAUGGACUCCAACUUCUCCCCUGGCAUGAUCAUGUUCAGUCACCUGCCCCCUGUGACCAGCUUCACCCGGCUGGCCACCCAGUCUGUUAUGCAGGACCUGCCAGGCCCCCACGAGAUGAUCCUGAAGAAGGAGCGGGACUCUCCAGACUGCAGCAUGGCCGGGGUGGGCGGCCUGGUGGAGUAUGGAGGGGUGGGGGACUAUGUCCAUGCCAUGGACAUCAAGCAGGAGAAGAUGACAGAACAUGACUACCGUCAGCCGCUGUAUCCUGGAGGCCCGGGGAAGAGCACAGAGCUCCUGGAGGUGUCCAUGGGCAACCACCAGAACCUGCUGGUGCAUGACCUUAGCCUAGGCAACCUGCCGAGUCGGUUAGGAAAGGAGUCCUCAGGAAAGAGAGGUCGAAGGUCAAAUGGUGAAGAGGGCAAGCCCCGGAGGAAACGUGGAGAGCCUAAGCAAUCAAUGAUGCUGGAUGCAGAUGGAGGCAGCCUGUGGCCCAACGGGAAGCUCCACAUCUGUGAGCACUGCAGUGCAUCGUUCAGGAGCUCAUACCACCUGCGCAGACAUGUCCUCAUCCACACAGGUGAGAGGCCGUUCAGGUGCAGCCAGUGUAACAUGAGUUUCAUCCAGAAGUACCUACUACAGCGGCACGAGAAGAUCCACAGCGGAGAGAAGCCUUUUUGCUGUGACCAGUGUAACAUGCGCUUCAUUCAGAAAUACCACAUGGAGAGACACAAGAGGACCCACAGUGGAGAAAAGCCAUACAGAUGUGAGACCUGCCAACAGUUUUUUUCUAGGACAGACCGAUUACUCAAGCACAAGCGAACCUGUGGAGAAGCCAUAAAGAAGGGUCUGGAGCCCGGGAUGUUGGACCUGGGCUGUGAGGACAUGGGGCAGGGCAGCUACGGAAUCACUCAGGGAAACACUGGGGCCUCGGGCCGGAAGAGGGGCAAGUCCAAAAACUCUGAGGGAGGGGAGCGCAAGAGGAAGAAAGCGGCGGUACCGGCGGAAGCAGGAGGGCUGGGCGGAGCACACAUCCACGGGGCGCCGUCGGGAGGCUACAGUCUCCAUGACUACAGCGUGGAGAAUCACACUGUGUCCUCGUCCACUCCACCAGGGCCCAGUAUGCACCACGAGCAUCACGGCCGAGCCCCUAAGAUGGCCUUCAAGAAGGCCAACCGUAAGGCCCUGGACCAGGGGGGCUUGGGGCAGGCCAAGCAGGGCACUAUGGAGCAGAGUGAGGGUGUGGGGAUGGGCCUCAUGCAGGGCUCCGAGGCCAAAUCGGUUCCCACCAGCAGCAACUAUGAUGACGCCAUGCAGUUCCUCAAGAAGAGACGCUACCUUAACGCGGCCAACAGUGCAGCAUCAGGGGCCGGGGUGGCAGGGAGCAGCACCAACGAUUAUGAGGUCAACGUUGGUCACCUGUCGUCCCAGCAGUCGGUUAUCCAGGGGGUGGUCUCAGGCGUGAUGGACAGCGACUCGCCCCUGGGUCUGCUAGACUCCUCCCCCAUGGGCGUGGACAAGCACGACAGGUCAGGGAUCCCUGACGAGGUGCUGCAGAGUCUGCUGGACCACUACACCCAGAAACCAGACAGCUCGCACCACGACGUGCACUUUGACCUCAGUGACCAGCACGUAGCGCUGCACCCUGUCUCAGCAGAUGGCUCUGACCUGAGCCACGAUGCGGACUCCCCCAGCCCGUCUGGAGACAAGACGGUCAUUAUGCACGAGUACUCCCGCUUCCUGCUGCAGGCCCUGGAACGCACCAGCCACAACACAGGCUUCCCCCUGGGCCCCGGGCCCCCAGCUACAGGUCCCUUCACCAGCACCCACCAACGCAACCCACUCUUUACAGACAAGCACAUGUACACUACAUCCCCUCUGGAGUGUGGCUUUGGCCAGCCGGUGGCCUCUCCCACCCUGCCCUCCUCCGUGCCAAAGUCCCACUUUGCGAUGCUGUCGGACUCCUCUCCGCAGCACGGCUUCCACCUAAACAACCUGGAGCCUGCCACCCACCAGCAGCUUACCCCUUCUCAGGAGCUCACCGACCAGAUGGAGAAGCAACACUCCUCUUCCCCCUCCUCCUACCAGAUCAGCCCAUCUGACCUGGGCAGCCAGAAGGACUCGCAGAACCUGGCUUCUCUGGACCCCUCUAAGGGCUCCUACACGAUCGAGAACUUUGCCCAGGCCUUUGGAUCCCAGUUCAAGUCGGCCGGCCGCGGCGCCUUGUCGUACGGCACUGACUCUUGCGGGGAGGUGGACCACAGGAUAAGGACGCCAGUCUCCGAAUUCUCAGGAUAUACUAGUUUGUUAGCCGACGUCAAUGAGGCAGUAAGUACAGGUUCCAAAACCCCAACAAGCCAAAGCUACAGAUGAGGGCCUGGGAGGGGACAGCAUUCUGUUGGAGGUUCAUGUUUUGUCCAUACUUUUUUUUUUUGUGCUCCUAUUUUAUUUUUAUUAAGUGAAGUUUUAAUUAUUAUUAUUAUUAUUACACUGCCGCUAUGUGUAUGACCCACCCCUCUCCCCAGGACUGGUCUUCAAGGACUAUUCAAAUGCAAUUUUUUUAAAUAUAUUUUUUAAGUAAAUCUAUGUAUUUAGUCUGUUUCUUGUCAUUUUUGGUCUGCUCGUUAAUCGUUAGAAUGAAAAGUACCUUUUUUUUUUUUAAAGCAAACAGUAGCAAUGAACUUGUUUUUUCUCCCAUGAGCUUAAGGGUUUUAGCAAUCACCUUUACAAUUGUAGCUAGCGUAAUAAUGAGAAUAACAAUGAUGGCGGCAGGGAAUAGCCCAGAACUGAAAUAGCAAAAAAUAAAUAAUGAUAUUGUCUGUUACAAGGAUAAGUAUUACUCAGGAAAAAGUGUAAAAGGAAGAAAUUGUAUAGUGCAGUGAGCACUCAUUUUAGAGGUGUAAAUUUGCAACUACAAAGAGGAUGCUUUGUGUGGUUAUUUCUUGUGUUUUAUACCUUGGUUGAUGAGUGCAACAAAUAAUGGAGGCUGCUGCCAGCUCACUUACACUGAGAACACUUUCCACUUAGCUAUAUAGAGAUUAUGGUACUUUCUUGUCAAUGUGAAACUCAUGUUUUCUUUCAAUAAGGGCCAUAUAUAUUUACAACAAUAUAUACAUGUAUAAUAACAGCUAUAAUCAUUCUGGGGAACUGCCAGGUGAGGUAGAGGAAUGGGGGGGGGGGUUGUUUUCCUUGUUAGUUUGAGGAGAACAUAGUGAUGCUAUUCCUUGGCCAAUAGAGGUUGCUGUUGGACAGCUGUGGAAUGGCCUUCCUCAUAUUUCUCCCCUCUUCUUUUCUUUCCUUUCCUUAAGAGUCCGAUUAGCACUUUGAGACAUUUAAUGAAUAAACUAAACUACCCCAUAAGAUCAUGGAAGACAUUUUGAAACAAACUGACUUGCUUUCUAAAGAGAUGUGUUGAUUUGUGUAUUAAAGUGGCUGAAUAUUUCUUCCCCUGUUACUGAGACAGCCUGGAAACCAUGUAAAGAAGUGAUCAUGUGAUUACAUAUAACCCAUAUACCUAUAACAAACCCAAAGCAUUAUGCAUUUCUGGUGUGCUGGCACUACCACAAUGGUAUUUUAUGAGGAAUGGGGUGCCUAGUCCUGGAAAAUGUUGUCUACAAAUUGUAUGCGUCCCAAAUGGCACUAUAAAGUGCACUACUUUUGACCAGGGCCCAUAGAAGAAUAGGGUGCAAUUGUGGACGUACACAUUGUCUAAAUGAAAUGUACAUUUCUCUGUGCAUGUGUCUAAUGCAUCGUUUGAUUAUGUAAUUUCUUGCUGUCCUGCAAUGAAUCUUUAAUUUAUUUGAUGUGCUUUUGUAAAUCAAACAAUUGCAUUUUCUUCCAUAGCCACGACUGGCCUUUUGUGCUAGAAAUGCUAUCACUUUUUUUAAAAUAUAUAUUCUAUUUUUAUUUAUCGUUUUAUUUCCUUAUGCCCCUUUUGUCUUGCAGUCAUUCAGCCAUGUUUCAUGAUUCUGUAACGUUGCAAUAUCAUAGGGAACAAUGACUGACCACUACAACCAUGCUCUGUUUUUAUUGAAUAGGUGGCUGAGAGGUGAACAAUAAAGACAUUGACCUUUUUCUAUACCUCGUUAUCACUAAACACACAAGCAGGGACAGGACAAAAGGUUGGAUGUAUGGAGCAGAGAUGCUGGCGUAUGUUGCCAUUUUUAAAACCUUGUGUUAAGGAGGGUAUGUUAUUGCUUUAGGGUUCUGUAAAUGCCUAAUCAUGCCAGCCAGUGUUGCAGUCUACAGUUCAACUCAUUGUCUCCAAGGUAACAUUUGUUACUUCCUAUAUUGUAUGCCUAUUGUUUACAAGAUAAUUUACAAAACACUACAUCUAAAUCUUGCCCCGGAUUAUUAUUCGCAUAACUUUUUUUGUACAGCUCUCAUUUUCUUUUUGUCAGCACACCAAAUUUGUAGCUGACUUUAUCUUCCCUCUUAUUUUGUUCCAGAUUCUUCUAAUGAUUUGCAGGGCUGUACCUGUCCAAUGAAUUUAUAAUUGAUUAGGGAAAAACAAUAAAUGCUGUUAUUGAGA